UUCGGAUGUUUGCUUCACGCACGUCCAGUUUUGUUUACGUUUUUCGCAACGAUGUGAUGUUAGUUUUUUAAACAUAAUAUUCAGCAAUUUUAAUGUUACAUAAAUUACUAAAAGUGUAUUGAAGGAUUAUUAAAAAUGAUUUUAUUAAGCACCCGAUGUUUCACCUUUAAAAUCCUCCAAACGCUUCUUCAAACUAAAUUCGUUCGGAGUGUUCAUUACGAAGCGCAAGAGAAGCAUUCAAUUUCGGAUCAUUCAAACAGUUCACGGCAUGAAAUUGGUUCUCAUAAAUUCAAACUACAACAAGCGGACUACGACACGGGUUAUCUGCUCAAUCCGGAGAAUGUACGCCAAAUUCAAGCCAACGUAGAGCACCGGAAGGGGAUAGGAAAUAUUCAACUGGUUCAUGAGUUGAACAAACAAAUAAAGUCCCUUCCCGUGGAAGAAUCGGUAAACCGAAAUCGAUUGAAUGAUCAACUGCAAGAAGAACUCGGAAAGAUUCCCAACAAGACCCACCCGGAUGUGCUGAAUUACGGAACGGAGCCCAAAGUGUUGAAAUACUACAACGAGAAGCCGCAGUUUGGAAGCAAACAUGUUUUCGAGUUUUCCGAAAUGGCCAAAAAAAUAAACCUAUUUCGAAUGGAAAAGCUGGGCAAUUUCACAGGUCACAAGUCUUACUAUCUGACCAGUGACUUGGCAGAAUUGGAACAAGCCCUCAUUCAGUAUGCUGUGAAAAAGUUGCUGGCCAACAAAUUCAAGCUGAUCACGGUGCCGGAUAUUCUACCGGCCAGAGUUAUCGAAAGUUGCGGCAUGAACACUCACGGGGAGCGGAAUCAGAUCUACAAGUUGAACUACCCGCAUGAAACACUGUGCCUUUCCGGGACGUCUGAGAUGGCUUUGGCCGGAUAUUUCGCUGGCACCAUAACCGAGGAAAGUCAACUUCCGCUGAAGCUUACUGCCGUUAGCCGCUGUUUUCGCGCGGAGACGUCCGGUCUCCACGAUGAGAAAGGAAUCUAUCGGGUGCAUCAGUUUACCAAGGUGGAAAUGUUUUCCGUCUGUAGACCAGAUCAAUCCGAGGCCAUUUUGGAGGAGUUCAGGGAUAUCGAGGUUGAGCUGUUCGACGCCUUGGGACUGCACUUUCAACUGCUGGAUAUGCCUGCUUGUGAGCUAGGUGCCCCCGCGUACCGCAAGUAUGACAUCGAGGCAUGGAUGCCGGGACGGGGCAUGUAUGGGGAAAUUUCCAGCUGCAGUGACUGUACGGAUUAUCAAGCUAGGCGAUUAGGUAUUCGAUAUCGUUUAGAAGCUGACGACUCACAGCUCAGAUACGCCCACACAGUCAACGGAACUGCCUGCGCUAUCCCACGGAUGUUGAUAGCCUUGCUAGAGAAUUUCCAAAAUCCGGACUAUACCAUCACCAUUCCAGCACCCCUUCGGCCGUUCAUGCGAGAUAAGAAACGAAUCAGCAGAAAGAAGCUGUUACCGGAGCUUAAAUUAACCAAACGGUUAACUCAGGAGGAAAUUUGCUAGCCUUCCUUCAAAGAGCAAAUAUGGCUCUGUGCUUCAAAUCAAUCAAUAGGCGCUGUGUAGGUAAUAAAAAUUGAUGGUUACGAAUGCA